AUGUUGAGCGUGUUGUGCUUCACUGUAACACUUGUUUUGGCAGGAGAAUGCCAAAAUGGAUCUAUGUGCAAUACAACCGAAUUAAAUAAGAACGUGUCUGAUUUAAGAAAAGGAAUUGAAGUGAGAAAAGCGCCUAAACGAGUAAAACACCACAAAGCACAAACAGACAAUACAACACGUCUUGAAAAUAACACGUCAAAACGGAGCGAAAAGCGUGUAAAACAUACACAUAAAAAAGUGGAGAACUUAACAAAUGUGAAACAAAUUAACUCAACAAAAGACAAUGUUACAAAUGUGACAAAAACCGAACAAACGAACAAAACAAACGCAACAACAGACACCAACGUUACAAUUCUGAAAAAACCUCAGCAAACAAAAAAGAGUAAAGUGAUCGACAAGAAAAAAGCGGAAGUGAAAAACAAGAAGCAAAAACUCCGUGCGCGGAAAUUAGCAAAGAAUGAACGAAUGAAAAACAACAUCGUCCAAAUCGAGCAAAUUAAAACCAAGAAACAACUUGAGCGAGAGAAACUUCUUGAGUAUAAAAAACAUAAAAAAAUGUUAACAAAGCGAGACAAAGAACGUCUCGAGCGUUUGAAGACUGAAAAAAAGAAAGCUCGACAACAAGUCAAAGAGGAGAAAGCUAAGAUGAAGCAAUUGAAGAAAGUUGAGAAGGAGACCGCCAAUAAAGAGAAAGCUUUAUGGCUGAAGCAGUUGAUUAAAGUUCAGCGCCGUCAUCGUAAAGAGCUCAAGCAUGAAGAAGAGAUGAAAAAUGUCAUAAUUGAUAUGUAA